AUGGAGUUAGCUGGUAAUACCAUCCUGGUGAUGAUGGUGGCAAGUGGCAUUGCCCAGUGGAACAGCGGUCUGUACGUGAAUGUGGAGGUUGAUGUCCUGAACAUAUUCUCAUCAGCGGAAAGCAUCACACUGGAGGCAAAUUACAGUGGGAUUGUCAGAAAGACAGUUGGGAGUCACAACUGGAAUAAUGACAGGAAUUACGGCAGGAAUAAUGACAGGACUUCCACAGGAUCCGAUUUAUCUCUGGAACAGCUGUGGGUCCGGCUCGUGUGUUCGUUUGUGCAGAGCCACGGAGCUCAAUGUAAGAGGAAACAGAGAGGGGACAGUAGAUCGAAGGAUACACAGUACCGCAGCAAUGCAGCCCAGGAAUGGACCUGCAAUAGACUCUAUCCCUACUCCCGAUAUCAAAUCACUCUCUUGGUCAUUUACCGAGAGCGGUCCAGUUUAUGGCUGCACUCGGGACAUUACACAGGGAUCAGCCGUCAGGUUUAUACAGGCCAUGCCAGCACCACGCAAGGAGUACCUGAGAAACCCGAGAUCAUCAACCUGGAAAUACAGAAGGGAGACGUUGAGUGGGAUUUAUUGACAAACUGCAAUGGCCCAAUCCUUGGCUAUCAGAUGAUAGUGACAGAGCAGAGAGAGUAUGAUGAAAGUUAUUUGCAGGAAUAUAGUUUGAAUCUUGCUGCCUUAAACCACUCCCUGGUCUUGUCGGACAUUCAAUGUGCGACAAAGUACAACAUAACGCUGCGAGCUCGCACCGCUGUUGGCUGGGGCCAGCCCAACAUCCAAAUCCAACAGACCCGUGCAGUGGAGAAUUUUCGCGUUCAUCCUCUCUUCGUUCCUAAAAUCACCGACACGGCGGCUGUCGUUUCCUUUGAGCCCGUGUCGUCGCGAUGUGUACCUAUCAGUUCCUACCAGAUUAUUGUGACGAGGAGUGCAGCAUUCCCUGAGGUCUGCACAGCAGGUUACCUCAAAGGGUUUGACCCCUCGAAGCCUGACUGGCCGUACAUCAGUCACCAGGUCCUGAGGAACUCCUCAGAGAGAAUCACAGUCACCAUCGGAGAUGGACAGGAGACUGACGGAUAUCUGAACGUGGCACUGCACCCAGACAGAGAGUACACAGUCACCCUGAGAGCAGUCAUCAAGUGGAAUGGGGUAACCACCUUCAGGUGCUCUCCACCCAGACAGAUUCUCAUUCCGUCCCCGCGCACAAACGCCAUUGUGUCAAGUUUCUUCCUGAUUCUGAUCUUGGUUGUUGCCCUGGCCCUGGCGUUUCUGUUUUACAGGAGAUGGCAGCAACAGAAGGCUCAGGAAUCCAGUCCCAUGGUCUUUACCCCCCUGGUCAGCGCUGACCAGUCAGGUAAGGAGUGA